AUGAAGAGCGAGGUAUUAAGAAAUGCACUCAACGGCGUGUUUGCAGUGUACAAACCUGUGGGCCUGAGUUCUCGCACUGCAGUCAGUAAAGUUCAGCAUAUCUUGACACGGGCUCUUGUCAAAGAGAGUAGUCUGUGUCUGUCAUCUCUUGACCAAACAGAAAUACCAAUAGUCAGACGAAAGGAUCGGCUCAAAGUUGGUCAUGGAGGCACAUUGGAUCCAAUUGCAGAAGGUGUGCUGGCAGUAUUAGGUGUAGGUUCUGGAUGUAAACAUCUUCACACCUUUCUUAAGGGUAACAAGGAAUAUGAAGUAGAGGUGGCUUUUGGUCAGGCUACUGACACGUAUGACUCGGAGGGAAAAGUGACCAAGUUUGGAUCUAUUGAUAAUCUAUCGGCGCACAAAGUUGAAGAUGCCUUGGAAGCGUUCAAGGGCAAUGUCUGGCAAGUGCCACCCAUUUACUCUGCUCUUAAUAUGGAUGGCCGACGACUGUAUGAUUACGCUCGCAAGGGAGUAAGUCUCCCACGACCUAUUAAGGCUCGUGAAGUUGAGAUUAGAUCGAUUGAGCUGACGGGGUUUGAUGAUGGAAAGUGCAUGUUAAGAGUUGGGUGUGGAGGAGGAACGUAUAUGCGGAGUUUGGUAAACGACCUGGGGAUUGCAUUGGGCUGCUAUGCACAUAUGACUGGCCUUAAAAGAACAAGACAAGGCCAGUGGACGUGGGAGGAUGCCCUAUCAAUAGAAGAAGGAGUGCUUGAUUUGGACGCCGUACGAUCCAUUUUACGCAGUCCAACACACACCUAA